AAAAUGAAAAACGGCAGUAGAUUGUUGUCUAUUCUUCUAAAAGUCUCAGAAAAAGCUGCAAAUAUUGCAAGAGCUUGUAGGCAGAAUGAUGCCCUUUUUAAAUUACUUGUGCAAGAAAAAUCAGAAGAAGAGAAGAAUCCACGGUUCUUUCAAGAUUUUAAAACUCUGGCGGAUGUUCUUAUACAGGAAACAGUUAAACAUGACAUUGAAAGAGAGUUUCCAGAAUUAGUCAAAGCAGUACAAGGCGAAGAAAACAACAUAUUCAGCAAUGCUAUGGGUGAAACUAUAGUCAUAACAGUUUGUUCUACAAUUGAAGAAACUACUGAGUUAUUAGCUAAAGUGAUGGAAAGUGAUAUUACAACUGCAGAAUCAUUAGCUACAGAAGUUCAUAAAGACAUUGAACUCCUAGAUGUUCCAGUAGCAACUGAAUUACCUCUGGAUCUUGACAUUAAUAUUGAUAAUAUUGGUAUAUGGAUAGAUCCAAUUGAUUCAACUGCGGAUUAUGUAUAUGGAGGGGAAAAGGUGGAUGAUGCUACUGGAAUACAUGUGAGCGGUUUGAGAUGUGUUACUGUUCUGAUUGGAGCAUAUUCUAAGAGCACAGGCAUACCAGUUUUGGGAGUUGUUAAUCAACCGUUUUAUACAAAUAUGGACUCAUGGUGGAAAGGAAACUGUUACUGGGGAUUUGUAGAAAAUGAUAUGAGGCAAUGUUCAAUAUCUAAUGAAACUACUGAUACAAAGGUGGCUGUUCUUAGUAGAAUGGAAGAUGCUGAUAUAAAAUCUAAACUAUUAAGUGCUGGUUUUACAUUAGUAGAAGCAGCAGGAGCUGGUUAUAAAAUUUUAAGUGUUGCUCUUGGAGAAGCUGAUGCUUAUAUUUUAUCUAAGAAAUCAACAUACAAGUGGGACACUUGUGGGCCCCAUGCUCUUGUACGUUCUUUAAAUGGAGGUGUCAUUGAAUUUCAAAGUUUUAUAAAAAAUCCUGAUUUGGAUUAUUUGGAUGUAAAAUAUAUAUCUGCAACUGAUAAUUUUUCAAAUAGCAAUGGUUUGAUAGCAUACAGAAACAUUGAAACUUUGCAAAUAUUAAAGUCUAUUUUAUGCAAAUAA